CUCGGUGCUGCAUGCUGUUGUCAGGCCCGGGUUUCUGCCAGUCGUCUGUUUCGCGGUUUUGUACAAAUAUAAAAUAACCGGAGAGAGACUCCGAGUCAAGCAGCGCCGAUAUGAGACCCAUCCUCUUGCAAGGCCACGAAAGGUCAAUCACACAGAUCAAAUACAACAGGGAAGGAGACCUCAUUUUUUCUGUAGCUAAAGAUACGGUUGUCAACGCCUGGUACUCUGCAAAUGGGGAGAGACUUGGCACGUACAAUGGGCACACUGGAGCUGUGUGGUGUGUGGAUGUGGACUGGGACACAAAACAUGUGCUGACUGGCUCUGCAGAUAACUCCUGCAGACUGUGGGACUGUCAGACAGGUAAACAGCUUGCCCUGUUGAAGACCAGCUCCGCGGUGAGGACCUGUGGCUUCGACUUCAGUGGAAACAUCAUCAUGUUCUCCACAGACAAGCAGAUGGGUUACCAGUGUUUCCUGCACUACUUCGACCUCCGAGACCCGGCCCAGAUUGAGGACAACGAGCCCUACAUUAAGGUUCCAUGCAGCGAGUCCAAGAUCACCAGUGCGGUGUGGGGGCCGCUGGGGGAGUUUGUCAUCGCUGGCCACGAAAACGGAGAAAUCAACCAGUUUAGUGCCAAGUCUGGCGAGAUCAUAAAGACAGUGAAGGAGCACAGCAAGCAGAUUAAUGACAUCCAGACAUCAAUUGACCUGACCAUGGUUAUCACUGCUUCGAAGGACAACACUGCCAAGUUGUUCGACUCUUACACGUUAGACCACAUUAAGACGUUUAGGACGGAGAGACCGGUCAACUCUGCUGCUGUCUCCCCAGUAAUGGAUCAUGUGGUUAUGGGAGGUGGUCAGGAAGCUAUGGAAGUAACAACAACCUCCACAAGGAUCGGCAAGUUUGAAGCCAGGUUCUUCCAUGCAGCUUUUGAAGAGGAGUUUGGGAGAGUAAAGGGACAUUUCGGACCCAUCAACUGUGUGGCUUUUCACCCCGAUGGAAAGAGUUACAGCAGUGGCGGGGAGGAUGGUUACGUCCGAAUACAUUACUUCGACCCCCAGUACUUUGAAUUUGAGAUUGAAUCUUAGAAAGCUAUUGGAAAAGGAGUUGCCUGCAUACAGCCGCGUCCCACUUUUCAUUCACAUUUUUAGAAAGUGCAUCUAAAGCACUGCAUACAGUAUUCACUUUCAGUGCUCAACAGUACACUUGUCAAUUCCAUCUUUAAAUUAUUGGGUAAAUUGGCCUGGCAUGGUAUAAAGGACAUUCAGAAGUCAUUUUUAUGGUAGUUUUCAAUGUUUUGUUUUUUUAUAUCAAGAAAAACAAAUUCCACAUCCCCACCAGGAAAUAUUCUGUUAAGGUUCAUUAUUAUUAUUCUUCUAAAUAAACAUUACUACAGUUAAAUAUGA